AUGUUCUUCCACGACACAACAAGCGAUCUCAACAAAUACCCCAUGAACUACAACAUGUUUGCCGACAACGCCAUGGCCAUGGCAGCGGCGCCGGGUUGCAACAGCGACAUGCUUCCCACGGAGUUUAUCUACCCAAACUACAACCUUAACCACAGCAACGGGCUCGCUGAUCUCUCCGCUGGAUUCAUGGCCCACCAACAGCAGCAGCAACAGCAGCCACGGCCAAGGGGACUCCACCACCACCAUAGCAGUACCAGCAGCACAAGCAGCAGCACAAACAGCAGCACAAGCUCCAUCGUCCUCGACAAUGCCUACCUUCUUUCCUCCUCUUCUUCUACACCAGUAUCGACCUCGUCAUCUCUCCACAGUUACAGCGAAAGCAGUAACGCACCAUACUUCCUCACUUCCGACACUUCAUCCUCUACAUCUUCUACUCCUUCCUCUUCUUCUCCAAUUUCAUCUACUUCUUCUAUCGCGCCCAACCCUGCACUCAUCUCGACAGUGACAGGAUCAUCCUCUUCUUCUCCAACUUCCGCUUCUGCGAUGGAUUACAUGCUUACAAACCAAAAUUCCCUUUUAGUGCAGCCGCACCAGCAGCAUCAACAACAACACUAUCGUCAACAUCAACAAAUCGAUCAUAGACCCACAGCCCGUGUGCAAGGCAGUUACCCACAUCACCACCACCACCACAACAACAGCAACAACAACAACAACAACAACAACAUGCAGCAGCAGUACGUUCCCUUCCCUGCGAACGACUUUCAGGGGGUGCCUUCUUCUGCCGCCCCAGCUUCCUCGUCGUCUGCUGUCAUCACCCCUGCGGUCAUUGUCUGCAGUCAACAAGGUCCAGGCACAGGUCCACAACAACAACAAUACUCCCCCUGGAACAUUGACAUGGCCACGUCGUCCAAUCCCACAGCGAAUGCUCAAUUGCAAUUGACUUCGGCUCCCUUUAUUUCGAACCCAGCUAAAUCAACACCAACACCUUCUUCCGCCGCAACAGCAACAAUAUCAUCUGUCGCUUGGACCAACGAGUCCGAAGACGGAGGCGGAGGGCAGACGACUCAUCGUUCUAAGCAACAACAACAACAGCAGCAACAGCUCCACAUCAUGACCUCGCUCGAUUCUGGUGUCGCGUCGAUGUACCCUCAUAUCUCAGGCUCGCACAACCACCACGGCUUGGCUCUCUCCGUCGCCGCCUCGUUAGUUUCACAACACCAGCAACAACCUUCUUGCAUCACCUCGCCUGCUCAGCAGGCUGCCAUGUCGGCCCACUUCCAGAACCAGCCUCAAUACCAGCACCACGCGUCGUGGGGCAUGGCUGCCACCACUUCGUCACCUGUCGAGUCUUGCUUCAACUCUGGUUCCUCGACCCCUUCCUUCGCCUCGUCCAUGUCGCCCACUCUGUCCUACUCCAGUUUCGAGCUCGGCAGCAGCGACGACUCUUCUCGAGCCACUUCUCCUUCCCGCCACAACCAGCAUCAUCACCAUCACUACCACCAUGGCACUCCUUAUGACGCCCCUUCUCACUUUGAACGCCGCCACCGCCGUCGCGACUCGGAUGCAUCUUCUAGUUUGAUCAUCCGCUCCCGCAAGUCCUCGACUUCGUCUACAUCCUCAACCGCCUCCCAGCGCCGCAUGUCGACCUUGCGCGAGUCCACCCUCCCCUCCACACCCGUCUCUUCCUCCAACAACAACACCACCACAACAGCAACAACUACAUCGGUUUCCUCUCCAACUCACCAAUGCCCAACCUGCAAUCUCUGCUUCGCCGGCCCUGCAGUCCUGGUCCGCCACAUCGAAUCCAUCCAUGACAAGCUGCUCUGGAACUGUGUCGGCUGCAAGUCGAACCUCUCUCGCCGCGACGCCGUGACUCGCCACAUCAACCUCUCGCCCAUGGACUCUGUCUGCCGCGCCGUCGGCACAAUCGGCCAGAUCAAGAUGUUGAACGGCUCCGAGGUCCAUUACGAGAUCUCAUCCUACAAGGCCAAGCCCCUAGACGAGGUCAUGAACCGCAUGGGGAAGAAGAUCUCGGCUACAUUGAGACAAGAGAUUGAUCGUGCCAAGGCCAUGACGGAAGCUAACAAUGCCAUCGCGGCUGCCUCUGUCGCAUCUGUUGCUGCCGAGCCUGUGGUCUCGACGGUUGUUGCCAUGGGCGCCCACCAUCAUCAGUACCAGCAGCAGCAUGAGUAUGGGUUCACCGAGGAUAUCAUGGCUCGACUCCGCGAGGCUGCCGUUGCUGAUGGUAUGACUGCUACCGCUGCCUCUGAUGAAGAAUUGAUGAUGGUCGGAGGAGAAUAUGAUGACGAGAUGGAGUACGAGUCUGAUGGGUCUGUCAAGAAGCGUCGCCAACCCUUCCAGCAUACCCUCGGUCAACGCGAGAAGUAA